AUGGCUGACGGUCCACCCUCUAUCCCAGGGCCUCUGCCCUCGUCCUUUGACAGCGACCAGGAUUUCUACAACGAGCGUCCGAUGCAGAAGGUCUUUCGCAAGAUCAAGGAGGAGCCUCUGAUCCCGCUGGGAAUCGGCCUGACCAGUCUGGCCUUCGUCAACGCCUACCGAGCCCUCCGCCGGGGCGAUUCGAAGCAGGCGAACCGCAUGUUCCGAGCCCGAGUGGCAGCCCAGGGAUUCACCGUGAUCGCGAUGCUGGCGGGCAGCAUGUACUACCAGAAGGACCGCGAGAAGAGCAAGGAGCUGCGCCAACUCCAGGAGCAGCGGGACGCCGAGGAGAAGCGCCUCAAGUGGAUCAGGGAGCUCGAAGCCCGAGACGACGAGGAGAAGGCCAUGAAAGCUCGCCUGGAGCAGAGGAGGCAGCUGGUGCAGGCUCAGAGGGCCGAGGAGGCGGAGGCUGCGGCGGCGGCGGCGACCACCACAGAGGAGAAGCCCGAGGCGACAUCCGGCGGAACCGGGGGCAUCCUCGGCCGGAUCGGCCUGUGGCCUCAGGGCGAGAAAAAGGAGGAAGAGAAGAAGAUUGCCGAGGAACCUGUGGAGGAAAUUGCAAGCGACAAGCCGGGAAAAAAGAAGAAUCCAAAGAGCUCUCUUGGUGAUCUCGGCGAGAUCAUCUCGUCCCAGAAGAAGGACUAA